AUGUCUGCAACAGGAUCAUUCUCUGCGCCUCCGCAGGUCCACACAUUCGAUGGUCUUCUCUCUGACUUUGACGGGACAAUCGUCGACUCCACAGAUGCAAUCGUGAAGCACUGGCACAAGAUCGGUGCCGAGCUAGGUGUCGACCCUAAGACUAUCCUCGCCACCUCCCAUGGCCGUCGCAGCAUCGAUGUGAUGGGACUAUACGAUCAGACCAAGGCCAACUGGGACUACGUCAACUACGUCGAAAGUCGCAUUCCGCAAGAAUACGGCUCAGAUGCUGUCGAAAUCCCCGGUGGCCGCGACCUCCUCACAGCCCUUGAGAACUCUGGCGCCCGCUGGGGUGUUGUCACAUCUGGUACUAGGGGAUUGAUCGACGGGUGGUUGGAAGUCCUUGGACUCACACACCCUAAGAACCUAGUGACGGCAGCGGAUGUUCCGCUCGGAAAGCCGGAUCCUCGCUGCUAUCUGCUCGGACGCAAGCAGAUUGGUCUCGAGGACUCUACCUCAAUUGUCGUUCUUGAGGAUGCUCCCUCUGGUAUCAAGGCUGGCAAGGAUGCUGGUUUCAAGGUCAUUGCGCUCAAGACAACACACUCGCUGGAGAAGCUUCAAGAGGCUGGCGCCGAUUGGAUCGUGGAGGAUCUGAGAAGCGUUUCCGUGAAGGGAGUUGUUGAUGGUCGUCUGCAGCUGGAGAUCAGCAAUGCUUUCCAAUAG